AUGACAACAAUGGUUGUCGUUGCCUCCACGUCUUGCGCAUGGAACUGUUCGAAGCUGGAGCUGCAGACCUCGCUCUUCGCGCUGGGGCGCAUGUCCGAGCCGAGCUCACCGGACUUUGAGGCAAUGGUGGCCAUCGGACUCGCCCACGUGAUCUCUUUGCAUGCCUGGAGUCGUCUGGUUCGUCUGGUGUUUCAGGUCAGGAGGCUGAAGCACAAAGCAGGAAACUACGUCAACCGACAUCACGACGGCACCAAAAUCGGGGAGAUAAAGGAUGAGUACACCCUGAUCACCUUCAACGAGCGAAUGGCCGUCAUCAUCAUCGUGGCCUGCGUGCUUACGCAGGUCCACUGCCUGGUCAAGUCUUGCGUGGCCUUCCGUUGUGAUGAUGCGCUGUGGAAUCUUCCGAAUUCCUGCGUGACGCCUCCCUGA